CGAGGCAGCGAACAGCUCAAGAAAAGUAGCAGCAGCAGCCCGCGGCGGCGACGAGUAACCAACCGGACCACGCCAUUGCCAGUCGCCCGGCCGCCUACGAGCCCUGCCUCGAGCCCUUGCCCGGCCCCGGCCACCGCGCCUUCCUCUCCCUCCCGCUGCGGGUUCUCUCGCGCAGCCCGAAUUCGCGGGGUGGUUUCUGUUCUUUGACCGCUUCUGAGUUCUUUCUCGGCGCCGCGCCAUGGAGGUGAGCGUUUAUUGGUUUUCUUGUUGGGCAGCGUCGGUGGCGGGCGGCGGCUUAUGUUGGGGAUUGGAGGGGGUGUUGUCGGCGAUGAAGAUGGAUUGCGAUGGUUUUGCGCGGUCGGUUUCGCUUGCAGGAGAUGGGGAAGAGGGUGGUGAGGACCGUGCGGGUGCGGAACAUCUCAGAUCUGGCGACGGAGCGGGAGGUGCGCGAGUUCUUCUCCUUUUCCGGUGAAAUCGAGCACGUCGACAUCAGAUUUGACGGAACGGGGAGGACGGCCUACGUGACAUUCAAAGAUCCCAAAGCCCUCGAGAUUGCCCUUCUCCUAUCGGGAGCAACAAUUGUGGAUCAAGUUGUGAACAUAACCCCAGCUGAAGAUUACAUCUACAUCCCUGUUACUGAACAGCAACUUUUGGUCAAUGAGGUGACAAGUACAAGUUCAGCACCUAAUGCAGAAUUGGAGUACUCUCCAGAGGCCAAUGCCAGCCCCAAUAGUCAUAUCUAUGUGAGCAAGGCCCAUGAUGUCAUGACAAAUGUGAUUGCAAGGGGUUCAGCAAUGAGACAAGAUGCUGUGAACAAGGCUAAAGCAUUUGAUGAGAAACAUCAAUUAAGAGCUAAUGCAUCAGCAAGGAUCAAUUCCUUUGAUAAGCGUGUUGGCCUUUCGCAGAAGAUAAACAAUGGGAUAUCAGUUGUCAAUGAAAAGGUGAAAUCGGUAGACCAAAGGCUACAUGUUUCUGACAAAACAAUGGCUGCUUUGCUGGCUGCAGAGCGCAAGCUUAAUGAUACAGGCUCUGCUGUGAAAACCAACAGGUAUGUGUCUGCUGGAACGAGCUGGCUGAAUGGUGCUUUUAGCAAGGUCGCCAAGGCUGGUCAUGUUGCUGGCUCAAGAACUAGAGAGAAGUUCCAAUUAGCGGUGUCAAAUCUAACAGCCAAAGGCCCUGCCGUUGUUGCUUGAGCUUGCUGUGCUGGUUAUGGAAGCUCUUCUUCCCGAGGAAAAUAUAUUGGAAGUCCUUGAGCAAGCAUCUCCCUUUGAUUGCGUGGACAGCGUGGAAAGUAACUGUAUUUCACUUUUGUCUUGUCCUUUUUUCCUUGGGUGCAGGCUAUUGAGGAAAUCUUCUGAGGUUUGGUAUAUAGAGGAGCUCAAAUUUUGGUAUUUUUAGAACCCUCCAUUCUUUUAGUGUUGAUGUUAAAUUGAUUAUAGGUGAUAGUGAUAUUGUAUUGACUCAGUGUGGAUUCAGAUUGUCAUCGAUUCCUAUUCUUACGUGAUUCUCCCAAAACUGUUGCUCCAACUGAGAAGUUUAAACUCAACUUCUGGCAUUGUGACGCUCAUCGGUUUUGAUGUAUUAUUUGGUUCUUGACGUGCCAUAUGUUUGAAUUAUGCAUUGACAUGA